CGCGUCCGGGGCGCUCCCGGAAGCCGCCCGGGAACUGGGAGCGGCAGGAGCGGCUGUCCCGGCCCGGCAGCCGGCAGGGAACUGGGAGCGGCUGUCCCGGCCCGGCUCCUGAACCCGGCAGCCGGCAGGGAACUGGGAGCGGCUGUCCCGGCCCGGCUCCUGAACCCGGCAGCCGGCAGGGAACUGGGAGCGGCUGUCCCGGCCCGGCUCCUGAACCCGGCAGCCGGCAGGGAACUGGGAGCGGCUGUCCCGGCCCGGCUCCUGAACCCAGCAGCCGACAGGGAAUUGGGAGCGGCUGUCCCGGCCCGGCUCCUGCUCUCGGCAGGGAUUUAGGAGCGGCUGUCCCGCCCCGGUUCCUGAACCCAGCAGCCGACAGGGAACUGGGAGCGGCUGUCCCGGCCCGGCUCCUGCUCUCGGCAGGGAUUCGGGAGCGGCUGUCCCGGCCCGGCUCCCGCUCCCGGCGUUGUUCUUCUCAGCGGGAACUGUUGUGCUCGGGACCGGCCAUUCCUUUUGCCGCGGCUGCCUUUGGGUUGAAGGUUUUAGGCUGUUUCCAGAUAUAAAAGUGUCUGGAAACGCUUGCUUCGUCGAGUCAGCCCGCUGACCUGGGGUUUCAGCCGGUGAAUAGAACUCUUAUUUCACCGAUAAACCCGCAGUGUGUUGGGCAGGGAAGAUGCGAGAUUAGAAGGGGUUCCGAUGUCCCCUCGUUGUGUUGGGAUUAAGGACCCAGCUCCCACCCCGGGAUCACAGCGGGCUCCGCGUCCAGCCUGCCGUGGGGAAGCGUUGUUGGAAGCAGCUGUCCACACCUGCGGUCGGUCAGUCCCGGAGGAUGUCCCGGAGCAGCUCCCGGUGCUCGGAGCACGGGGAGAUGUGACCUCCAUCCCCCUCCAUCCCAGCCAUUCCUCUGUGAGGAGCGGGGAUCUUUGCUCCCGCUCCCUUGCACGGCUGCGCCUUCCAGGAAGAAACUUUAGGAGCUAAAAGGGAAUAGCAAGGUCUGAAAUGUUGGUAUUGACAGCAGCCCGUGGUUUGUUUCCAUCGGGGCCUUGCUUCACUGGGAUGUGACACAUGGAAACUUGAUAUUUAAACAGUUGGGCUCAGAAAUGGAUUCACCAGAGGGGGCCACCAUUAGAAGUGAGCAGAAAUUCAGAAAAUUCUUAAAAAGUCUCAUAAGAAAGCAGCCUCGGGACCUUCUCCUGGUGAUUGGGACGGGGGUGAGUGCUGCAGUAGCCCCAGGAAUCCCAGCUCUGUGCUCCUGGAGAAGCUGCAUUGAGGCUGUCCUUGGAGCAGCUGAGCAGCUGGAGGUGCUGCACCCCGGGGAUGUCGCUGAAUUCCGGAAGAAAGUGAUCAAAGAGAGAGACCUGCUUGUGGUUGCACAUGAUCUCAUCAGGAAGAUGUCACCACGUACCGGGGACACGAAGCCCAACUUCUUCCAGGAUUGCUUAAUGGAGGUGUUUGAUAAUUUAGAGCAACACAUUCAGAACCCUGUGGUUCUGCAAUCCAUCCUGAGGCUCAUGGAGAGAGGCACAAUGGUUCUGACUACAAACUAUGAUAAUCUGCUCGAAAUAUUUGGUCAGCAACAGGGUAAACCUAUGGAAUCUUUAGACCUUAAAGAUAAGGAUAAGGUUCUGCAGUGGGCAAGGGGCCACGUAAAAUAUGGAGUUCUCCAUAUUCACGGCUUAUAUACAGAUCCCUGUGGAAUGGUGCUUGAUCCCUCGGGAUAUAAAGAUGUUACUCAAGAUCCUGAAGUCAUGGAGGUUCUUCAGAACUUGUACCGAACCAAGUCUUUUUUGUUUCUGGGUUGUGGAGAGACUCUGCGUGACCAGAUAUUCCAAGCUCUUUUUCUUUACACAGUAAAGAACAAAAUGGAUCUAGAACAUUAUAUGUUGGUGCUUAAAGAAAAUGAAGACCACUUUUUUAAGCUCCAGGCAGAUAUGCUGCUGCAUGGAAUAAAAGUGGUGUCCUAUGGGGACUGCUUCCAACAAUUCCCAGAGUAUGUCCAGGAUCUGACUGCUCAAAUCUGCAAACAGAGAAGUCCAGAUGCUGAUCGGGUGGACAGCACAACGCUGUUGGGAACAUCAUGUGUGGACUGUGCUAAAAGGAAGUUAGGAGAAAGUGGUACCGAUUCUCCUAAGAGGAUCAAGCAGUCAGAUAUACCCACUCUUGAAUGAAGAGCUGCAGACACCCAAAGCCCACCUCAGAAGCUUUUUAACAGUAGGUGUUUUACAUCUGCUGCAUGGAAAGUUUUGAGCUGGUAUUUUCAUGAUUUUAAAUGGAAUAAAAUUGUACAUACUAGCUU